UACGAUCGCAGAUCUUGCAGCUUGGUACAGCUCAAUAUGAACAAGGACCUGCUUGAUGGCCGACUGCUGUUCGCAAUUCCAAAAAAAGGACGGCUGCACGAGAAAUGUCUCGAGUUACUCUCCGGCGCCGACAUCCAAUUCCGGAGACACAACAGGCUUGACGUCUGCCUAGUGAUGAAUCACCCUAUGGCCCUCGUAUUCCUUCCAGCAGCAGACAUACCAUCAUUUGUCGCAAAUGGAGACGUUGACCUUGGCAUAACGGGCCACGAUGUCAUCAUCGAGGCUGGAAUGCAAGAGCAGAUAACGGAGAUUCACCGGCUGGGGUUCGGAAAAUGCGCUUUGCAAGUGCAAACUCCAGAAAAUGGGCCAUUCAAAUCGGUCGAUGAUCUUGCUGGAAAACGCGUGGUUACAAGUUUUGAUGUCAUCGCGGGGGCGUAUUUUGCUGAGAUCGAUGAGCGAUUGAACCUCACUGGUGAUAACAAAACCAAGAUCCAGUAUGUAGGCGGGAGUGUAGAAGCAGCCUGUGCUCUUGGACUCGCGGAUGGUAUAGUCGAUCUUGUUGAAUCUGGAGAUACGAUGCGAGCAGCCGGUCUGCACGCCAUUUCGACAGUACUUCAAACAGAGGCAGUACUCAUAAAAUCAAACGCUCCCCAUCGUGCCCAUCAUGCACCUCUGAUCGAUCUCAUGGCAAGCCGGAUAGCCGGAGUCCUAGCUGCUGCGAAAUAUGUUAUCUGCGAAUAUAACAUUCCCAGGCAAUCGAUAUCUCAGGCAGCAGCUAUUACGCCUGGAAGAAGAGCACCCACCAUCAGUCCUCUCGAAGAGGAAGGUUGGGUUGCGAUCAGUAGUAUGGUUGAGAAGAAGAACAUUGCGAAUGCCAUGGACCAACUAGUGAAGAUUGGCGCAGAGGAUCUCAUGGUCUUCAAUCUGGAUAAUUGCAGGGUAUGAGCGUCAGGAUGGGUAUAGAGUCGUUCCUUUAGAGCAGUUUCUAGACUAAGAUUCUCAAGUUUAUCUACAGAACUGUAAGUACUUCAAGUUGGUACUACUGUGUCAUGGUUCCUGUCGCUACUUCUUCGUUUAGACACAACAUGCAUAACACAGUAUGAGAAGACGACCUGACAGGUACAGACCACCACUUUAUGCAAACUUGAAUUCAAA